AUGAGCAAACUCUCCUUCCGAGCCCGGGCGCUAGACGCCGCCAAACCGCUGCCCAUCUACCGCGGCAAGGACAUGCCCGACCUCAACGACUGCGUCUCCAUCAACCGGGCUGUGCCGCAGAUGCCCACGGGGAUGGAGAAAGAGGAGGAAUCGGAACAUCAUUUGCAACGGGCUAUCUCAGCACAACAAGUUUUCAGAGAAAAGAAAGAGAGCAUGGUUAUCCCAGUCCCUGAAGCGGAGAGCAAUGUCAACUAUUACAAUCGCUUGUAUAAAGGAGAGUUUAAGCAACCAAAGCAGUUCAUUCACAUUCAACCCUUUAAUCUGGACAAUGAACAGCCAGAUUAUGAUAUGGACUCUGAGGAUGAAACCUUACUGAACAGACUGAAUCGGAAAAUGGAAAUCAAGCCACUGCAGUUUGAAAUAAUGGUUGACAGACUCGAAAAAGCCAGUUCUAGUCAGCUUGUAACACUUCAGGAAGCUAAAUUGCUGCUAAAUGAGGAUGACUACCUUAUUAAGGCUGUAUAUGACUACUGGGUAAGAAAGCGUAAGAAUUGCAGAGGGCCAUCUCUCAUCCCCCAAAUCAAACAAGAAAAGAGGGAUGGCUCCACCAACAACGACCCUUAUGUUGCCUUCCGGAGGAGAACUGAGAAGAUGCAGACGAGAAAGAAUCGAAAGAAUGAUGAAGCGUCUUACGAGAAGAUGUUGAAAUUAAGAAGAGAGUUUAGCAGAGCCAUAACAAUUUUGGAGAUGAUUAAGAGAAGAGAGAAAACAAAACGCGAGCUACUGCAUUUAACAUUAGAAGUUGUUGAGAAAAGGUACCAUUUGGGUGAUUACGGAGGUGAAAUCCUCAAUGAAGUGAAGCUUAAUAGACCUGAAAAAGAGAUGAGCACAACUCCAUCCACUCUUCAUAAUGGAAAUCAUCACAAAGUUCAAGAAUGUAAGGUUAAGCAUCCUCAUCAUUCAUCUCUAAAGGAGGAGGUGUCAGAUGUUGUACGUCAAAAGAAGAAGUAUCUAAAGAAACCUAAAAUAGAGUGUGUAGUAACUCCUCAACAGCCCUCUGCUGAGCCCUUGCCUGUUAUCAACAAGAGCGAUAUUAAACAGUAUGACUUCCACAGUUCAGAUGAAGAUGAGUUCCUGCAGGUACCCUCACCAGUAUCAGAAGCAGAAGAAGAAAAUGAUCCUGAUGGACCCUGUGCUUUCAGGAGAAGAGCAGGGUGCCAGUAUUAUGCUCCUCGUUUGGACCAAACGAAUUCUUCAUACGAAAACUCGGAAUUGGCAGAAUUGGACAAACUGAGGUUCAGGCAUUGCCUUACAACUCUUACAAUUCCAAGAAGAUGUAUAGGAUUUGCAAGAAGACGAAUUGGCAGGGGUGGAAGGGUUAUAAUGGACCGAAUAUCCACAGAACAUGAUCCUGUCUUGAGACAGAUUGACCCAGAAAUGCUGAACAGUUUUUCAAGCUCUUCCCAGACUUUAGACUUUUCUUCUAAUUUUUCACGGACCAAUGCUUCCAAUAAACGUUGUGAAAACAGACUGUCCCUUUCUGAAAUACUAAGCAAUAUCAGAUCAUGUCGACUGCAGUGUUUUCAGCCAAGGCUACUAAAUCUACAGGACAGUGAUAGCGAAGAAUGUACCUCAAGGAAACCAGGGCAGACUGUGAAUAAUAAGAGAGUCUCUGCAGCAUCUGUAGCUUUAUUGAACACCAGCAAGAAUGGCAUAUCAGUAACGGGGGGUAUCACAGAGGAACAAUUCCAGACACAUCAGCAGCAGUUAGUUCAAAUGCAGAGGCAACAACUUGCUCAGCUUCAGCAGAAACAGCAGUCUCAGCAUUCCUCACAACAGACACAUCCGAAAGCACAGGGCUCCAGCACCUCUGACUGUAUGUCAAAAACACUUGAUUCAGCCAGCGCCCACUUUGCUGCAUCCGCAGUGGUUAGUGCACCUGCUCCUAGUCGCAGUGAGGUAACGAAGGAACAAAACACCAGCCACAACAAUAUUAAUGGUGUUGUCCAGCCUUCAGGAACCUCUAGAACUUUGUACUCCACCAACAUGGCUUUAUCAUCCAGCCCAGGGAUUUCAACUGUACAGCUUGUAAGGACAGUUGGCCACACCACCACAAACCACUUAAUUCCAGCAUUGUGCACAAGCAGCCCCCAAACGCUUCCCAUGAACAAUUCUUGCCUGACGAACGCAGUGCACCUCAACAAUGUCAGUGUUGUUUCUCCAGUCAAUGUGCAUAUCAAUACAAGGACUUCAGCACCAUCGCCAACAGCCUUAAAACUUGCCACGGUUGCUGCCAGUAUGGACAGAGUGCCAAAGGUAACUCCUAGCAGUGCCAUCAGCAGUAUAGCAAGAGAGAACCAUGAACCAGAACGACUGGGUUUAAAUGGCAUAGCAGAGACGACAGUAGCCAUGGAAGUGACAUAACCUCAAACCAGUGUCUCAACCUGUGCUAAUGGUGUAGUCAUUUAUAUUCCAACUGAAUGCAAAAUACAGCACUCUGUGGAUCACAGAGAACUAAAAUGGACCUAAAUGGACUAUCAUUAUAUCGUGUAUUAAGUCGAUAUAUAAUGUAAAUUUUGUAAAAUUGGGAAAAUCACUACCUUGUAAAAUAGUUUAUUUGUAUCAUCAAUAUUAUUUCUGUUACUUGAAUAGUAGAUAUUCAUCAUCAUGCUUUUGCACUUGAAUUUGCAACUGAAUGGAUUAAAAAAUAAUUCUUUAAUGGGAUCAUGAGCAUGAAAUGGGAUCCUGCAUCACUUGUUUUAACUAUUUAUUUUGCCAUGUUUACAUUUUGUAUCUUGUACAAAUAAAUCCAACUUUGUGUCUAAAAAAAAGUUAAAGAUUCAUAGCUAGGAAACAAAAUUCUUGUAAUUUUUUUCUAAAGGAAAUGUAAAGUUUUCACUUGGUUCAUUUUGUUUCACAAUUUGACUAGAUGGACUUUUUGGUAAAUACUUUAGUGGCAUUUCACUGUCAAAUAUGAAGUUCAAGGCAAAAUAGUAUUUUCUAUUACUGUGCAGGGGAAAGGGAUGGAUCGAU